AAGUGUCAAAACAUGGAUAAAUGGAGGUGUGUGUGCUGUUUACCUUGAUUUUAUAUCGCACUACAUGUUAUAAAAUAUCUUCUUAGAAAAGUACUUUUGUUUUCAAAGUACAUUGGAGGAUGCGUUCUAAUGUAAGAGUUUGAAGUCUGCUUUUAAAGUGCUCUGAACCUGAAAUAUGUAUUCAGAAUGGAUAUCUGUGCCAGCAACUAGAAAUGCAGAAGAGAAAAGAUGGAGUGUUUUGCACACUUUUCCAUCUAAUUCUGGUCGAGAUGUUGUCAUUGCAGUUAUCAAACCUUUAGCAAGCAAUUUAGGUAUUAGCACCCCUUCAUGUGACCCCAGUAUUCUCACUUCAGAUAGAGAAGUACAAUGGUGUAUGGAGGUGAUUUGUUUUGGACUUGGACUUCCUUUGUCUGAACAUGAAGCAAUACGCGAUUGUGUUAAUGUAUAUUGUGAAUGGAUGCUUGCUUUGACAAAACCUAAAGUAUGUGUUCCAAAAAGCAUAUGUGAAGAUCCAAACACAUAUACCAGAAAAAUGCUUAAUCAUUUGUACAAUUUAUUUCUUCCAAGACCAGACAACAGUGCUGACAUCAUUAAUCGUCAGGCAUUGUAUUGUCACAGGGUGUUGAGGACUAUUGAAACAGUUGCUCAGGAAUCAGCAGUUAUUGACAGAGAGACAUGGGAUGCAUUACUUCUUUUUCUCUUGGCUAUAAAUGAUACCUUGCUUGCACCACCAUCUGUUCCAGAUGAUAUUGGAAGUCAUCUGUGUGAAAGAAUCCUCGGAGUGCUUUUGGAAGUGUGGCUUCUGGCUUGUCAUAGAUCUUUUCCAUCUCCAUCUUUGUGGAAGACGUUUCGUGAGCUUGCAUGUAGUUGGAGACACCGGAUUGCUCUUGUUGAUCAGUGGAAUCGAGUGAAUUUAGCUUUAACAUCUAGAGUGCUACAAUUUAUGUAUGGUUCUAACUUCCCUAACAUUAAACUAUCUGAUGAUGAUGCCCAUUUGGUUCCCAGUGAAAUGUCCAACGAAUGCAUAGCUCAAGCUUGGUUUCGCUUUCUGCAUACGCUUGGAAAUCCCGUUGACCUCUGCCGGCCAGAGGUCAUCAGCCAGACUCCAAAGUUUUAUCACUUUGCUCUAAGCAGUGAGAUGGUUGUUGAUCCCUGUCAGCAUCCCUGCCUAGCAGUUUUGCCUCAAAUAUUUUACAAGGCUAUGAAAGGCAUCUCGAACUUAGUAGAUGUGUUUUUAGGUAUUGCUCAGCUCGAACAAGAAGAUACUUUCCACAUUCCAAGAACUUACUCACAUACUACUCCAUCUUCUCAAUCUUCUACACCUCCACAUAACCGUAGAGGAGAUAGAUUCUCUAAGAACACCCAGAAGGAAUCUGCAGUAAAAAGCACACAGAAGACAAGCCUGAUAUCUGGAUUAACAGCCGCAAAGACUAGUUCAAAUCCUGCUAGCCAUGCUCAUCAACCACAACAGCAAAUGUUUAAUCAGCAAACUCCACAACAGUCUCCUAUCUCAACACCUACAAUGUCCUCAGCUCCCCCUUUUCGACUCCCACUUUCUCCGUCCCGUCCAAAGUGUAAUUCUGUACUACAUCUUUUUGGAACCUGGUUGUUUGAAGCUGCUUUGGUUGGAUCUGACAUGACAUCCUUUACUUCCAGCUCAGAACAAAGUGAAACUAAUUUAAGGAGGCCUAGUUCCCUUGUGCUGGACAGCAGACAAGGCUCAGCUCCUAUGUUGGAAUCUUUUGAAAUCCCGUCCAAUUUGACUCUUGAAAAUUUUGAAGCCGGACAAGCUGAAGCCGUCGGGUCAUUGUGCCGAAUAUUUUGUGCAAAACGAACUGGAGAAGAAAUUUUGCCUGUUUAUCUUGCUAGAUUCUAUUUGGCAUUGCAGUAUGGCUUGUCUGGCGGUCCAGCUAGGGGACACAUGUUGGCUAGUAUUCUUAUGAACUCAAGUGAUCUUUUAAGGAAAGACUUGGAUGGUGUUAUGGUUUUGGUUCCUCAGUUUUUGCUGGCUUUAGAAUUGGUUCUUCCUGGUGAAGCGAAAAUGAAGCCAAGCCCUUUUGUUGCUCAUGUUGAACUUCGAAAUUCAGCAAUACACUUGCUUUUGUCCAUGCUCCCUCUGCCUUUGCACUUCUUCAACCUGCCAAUAAAAACAAUAUCUGCUGUUGAGAAAGCUCCACUCACUUUUCAAUCAUUGCGUAUAAGACUGGUGAAUAUCCUGAUCAAUGCAUUGCAAGUUGAAUCUGAAUCAACAAACACUCAUAUGUUGCUUGGAGGGUUAUUGUUUUAUAUUCAAGAUUCAGCUGCUAGUGAAGAAGUGGAGCAAAUAACACAACCAUCUCUUAAUGAUAAUGCUAGCGUUGAAUCUGUUAGCCUUCAGUCGUCUGAACUACAGGUAGAAGUAACAGAAAACUGUGAUUCCCUAACCUCAUCCGAGUGUAGCAGCUUGGGCCCCGACCUUGACAAUCUCCUUCGGACAGAUUUCCCUCUACUAGUGGAUGAUUCAACCCACGCAUUGUUUUUAAGAGCCACAUACCUCAUUUGUCAUCGCUUGAUAUCUUCUUGGAAGACAGAUCUGAAUGUGUCUUUAGCAGCCCUUGAAGUAUUAUCUGGAUUAGCUCGUAUCCAUCUGCCACAAGCAGAUUCUUUGGAAGGAAAACGAGCAGUUAAGUGGAUCUGUGACUACAUAGUAUUUCAGUGUUCUAGACCACCCCCUGCACAUUCAAAGGACCUUCAUUCGACCAUUGUAGCUGCUUACCAUUGUGUCACUACGUGGCUGAUGGAGCAUCCUGAUUUGCUGAAUGAUAAAGACACUGUGCAUAUUGUGCUUGAAGUUGUUGAACUUGGCAUAUCAGGGUCCAAAUCGCAACCCAAGAAAAGUGAUCCACCCAAACUAAAGGGGGAUAAAGAAUUGAAACCAGCAUCACUAAGAGUAAAAGAUGCAGCUGAAGCUGUGUUAGCUUGUAUGCUGGAUCAUGUUGGAUGCUUUCCUCCUCCCUGUGGACCACAGAACUUAUCAUCCCUUUUGGAUGAAAAAACUUUGAUUCAACAAUGUAAUAAUCUGAAUGAUGACCAGCUGACAAAAGAAGAAAUUGUCAAGCAUUUCAGAUAUUUUGCUUUAGACAAUUCAAUAAUUUUGGGAAUCUUAGAACAACACUUGGGGAACGAACAAGAUCCACAGCCUACCUUGACUGCUCUUGUAAGAGCACCAUUUGGACGGCAUGCUUGGUGUGCACAACUUCGUCAUUUGCCACAUCAUAAGUCUGGCAGCAAAUAUUUUUCAGUUAACCCUGGUAGACCUUUGCCCAUGAAUGAUGUUGGAACAACAUACAACAUCAAACAGCGGUACCUUCAAGAUGCUGUCGAUAAAAUUCCAAUGUGUCAGGUCGAUAAAAGCAUACCAUCUCUGGAAGAAAUUUCUCGUGUAAGUCCCGAGGAGUGUGAAAAACUGGCAAAGCUCAUAGAGAAUCAAAUUAAUUUCGAAAGUUCUGUAAAACUGCAAGUAGAGUCUCAGUACAUUGAAUAUCCAAAUCCUGAAACGGAAUGCAAAGCCCCUAGUUUAUGUGAGGAAUUUCAAACGUCCCGUCUUUUCUUGUCUCAUCUUGGGUUCCUCAAUACAGAUGCUCUAAAAGAGACUCUCACACAACCAAUACCAUCUGUAGUUUCCUUAGAGCAAACUGCUGAAAACUUUUUGGCUAAGUUGGAAGAUAUCGAUAAUACACCUAGUAGAACUGUAGACACAGUUUUCAUAUUUUAUGUUCGAAGUGGACAAACAUCAGUAGAAUCAUUUCUACAAAAUGUGGGUUCUCCAGAUGUCCAUCCUCAUUUUUCAGAAUUUUUGAGAUCUUUGGGUUGGCCUGUAGAUGUUAAAAGACAUGCUGGCUGGACUGGACACAUUUCUACCGCUUGGAAAAUUCUCCCUGACGACGAUUUAGAACUAAUUCCUGAAGAAGAAACUGUAGGUAUUUACAAUGGCAAACAUAAGGUACUGUACUGGUCUGAUGUGUCUUCCGAGUUGGCCUUUGUUGUCCCCAACACUGCUAAUCAAGAAAAGGCUGUGAGAAAAGACACUAAAGUUAUAGAUGCUGUGGAAGUAACAUUAAGAAAUAAGGAAAAUAAGGAUUUUACAAAGGAGAUAGAUAGGAGAACAAUGCCCUCCAAUUCCAUUUCAGAAACAACUAUUCCAAGAGCUAUGUCAUUGAAUUUGGACUCCAGUGACGAUUUGCUGCCUGGCCAAGGUAGAAGUUCAGGCCGAAAAUUUGGAAGACAACACAGUUGUGCUAUUGCUUGUGACAUGAAAGUAGUUGUAGUAUGGUUGGAAAAUUUGGAUGAUCAUAUUUCUUUCCCUUUAGUGGAUAUAUUGCCUCUACUAAGUACAGGAUUAGAACCUCCAAAUUUUAUUCAGCGUACUUCAGAGAAAGACUUGUUCGUCAUAUUUGUACAUCCAUUACAAAGUGGCUUAUUUCAAAUAAAAUUGCAAGGCCCAGCUGGCAAGAUGUCAAUAGCAUUGCCAUUAGUUGAUGGCAUGGUUGUGAGCCGCAGAACAUUAGGAACUUUGGUGAGGCAAACAGCUUUGAACAUGCUCAGAAGAAAGAGGUUGGAUGCAGACAGCUGCCAGCCUCCACAUGUGAGAAGAAAGUUAAAGAUUCAGGAAGUAAUCAAUCGUUACCACAAGAAGUUAUCAGAGUCUGAAUUUAUUUCAUCUUUAUUCCAACCCUCUUCUUUGAGCAAAAUUUAAUAAGUCAUUUUAAUGGAUGGAUUUACACAAAAAUUGGAUAAUUUGCAUUCCAGAACUUUCAAAUUGAAGAGAUCAUGUAAUUUACAAAUUCUUAAAAUUUUUGCCAUGUAAAGGUGAAUAGUUUGUAAUCAUAACAAAUUUAUGUAAAGUAUUUAUUGUUUGUUAUAUUUGUUGUAUCAUUUAUUGAUAUGAUAAAAUUAGCUAUAAGUUUUAA